GAUAGUUUUUUGUGCUGCAAAAGUGAAAGAUGUUUAAUUGUCCAAAAAAUCUUACAUUGUUGUUAGUGCUGUUGCCUUAGUUACUAUCAAUUGAAAAAUGGUGGUUAAGUUGAAGUCUUCAUGUAGAUAAAUGUUCUGUGCCAUCAAUUAAUUGUGUCUUCUCAAUUAAUCAUGUUAAAGUCAUCUUGAAAGAGAUACAAUUUUUGAAUCAAUCUUAUUUCAAGUAACUCAAGAAGCUAAAAUAACAGAAUCGCUGUAGCAAGUAUUGGCGUUGAAUCAAUAUUUGAAAGUGGUUAAAAUAAAGUCUUUCAAGCUGAUCCCUGCAUUGGUAAUUUUUCAAGUUUAUUACCGAAAAUGAUUAAUAGAUCAGAAGCUAUGACAUUGCCUCCAGGAAUCAAGACAAAUCUCAGUACCAAUUCAUCAUUAUAUUCAACGCCAUGCCAAUCACCUGGCUCUUUAGGAUCAUCUCUAGACUCAACUAAUAUAAGCUUACCAUCUAAAAAUUCACUGACAACUACAGCUCCAAGUGAAAACUCUAGAUUAUUUUCAAUUCAGCAAUCAAGCAGUUGUUUUAAUAGUAGGACUGACUCCAGGCCUAAUUCAUGCUCAUCUGGAUCUUUCAGUAGUGUACAGACCCUCUUGCCCCCUUCAUCGACCACUAGCUCACCUUCAACCUGGAGACAUGAGCAAAUUAUAAACAAUCACGCCAAUCAAUCUAUAACAAAUGACAGAAAUACGGACUGCUGGAAAGGCUUAAUUGAUCUGAAACAAGACUUGACCAAAAGAUUAUUCAGUUUGAAACAGCAAGUACAGUCGGUAGUUUACCAAUUGAAUGAAUUGGAAGAUACUAUUGGAACUAAACUGGAUGAAAUGUGUCAGCAUAUCAAUGGUACAUAUACAGAACCACAAAUUAUCCCAGGGAUACCAGAAAAUUGCGAACCCGUUGCAAUACCAUUUUCGUAUGAAUUUAGAAAAUCUUUAAGUGCCUUUGAUGAACUUAAAAAGAAGCGAGCAGAUCAACUGAUUAAUAAACCAGCUAUCCAAAAGCUUCCAGCUUUGGUCAAGGGUUACCUAACUAGACGAAUAAUGACGACAUCAAAAGUCAAAGAUCUUAUCAAGACAAUUAAAGAUACAACGAUUCUGUUGGACAAUUAUCGGAGUGAGGAACAAGUGGCUAAAGAAGAGAUUGAUUUCCAUCGACGAUUGAUGAUACAAUUGGAGAAAUCUUUAACCGAUUUUCAUGACAUUUUCUUUAACUAUUCCAAAUCAGAACAAAUGAAACUAAUUUCUCGUUCAAGAGAGUUUGCCAUUGAAAAAGUAUUCCGACUCUCUUCGGAGGCCCGUCGAGUUCCAGACAAAACAGUUAAAAAAGCAACAUUUGAGAGGAGAAAAGAUUCGCCUAUCGUGAAAUCCGUUGAAGUUAAACAGCAGAAACAAAGUCCCGAUGUCGAGAUGAAACCAAUCGAAGACGUUAUUGAAGACACAGACAAAGACAUAGUUGAAAAUGCUAUCAGUGUUGUCAAAGAUCCCGAACCUAAGACUAAAGCAGCCUUAAAAUCCCGAAAAGGUGCCAAAAAUGCAAGAAAAAACAAAGAAACUGAAUCUACAUCAACUUCAACCUCUUCAUCAACAACAAAGUCAACCGAAGAAGCUGAUAAUUGUCCACGAAGAUCUAAAAGAGCAGCGACAACAAGUAAAAGAGCUACACGGGGUGCGAAAAAGUCAUCUUGAUUUUUUCAGAAAAUGUUUAUUGAUCAGAAAAAUGUUUUCUUAUCCAAAGGGUUCCGAAACAAAAUUCAAAUCAAUUACGCAAACCAAGUUUCGAGGUUACAUUUUUUUAAUCCUAACAAAGCUUGAUUUUAAUUUUACAGAAAUACGACUGUGAACUUAAACUGUCUACAUUUUAUGAAUAUUUUUUCACCGCUUAAUUAUCUCUUCAUGUGAUAUACAAUUUGCAUAGAUUUUGCGAUCAAAUGUUUACUUGACCAAUAAUAAAUUUCAGCUCACGUCUAUUCCUACAAAACUAAA